CCCCCAGUUACAGAGGCAGUGUUUCACCCCAUGGAGGUGACAUCAUAGCCUGGUUUGGACUCUGAAGCUGCAGCUAGUUUUUGUUACAUUGUUGCUGUUUUAGUUUAUCGCUUUUGUUUAUAAGAAACAAAAUAACAGUUCGAAUUUUAUUUUUUUUUAAAAAGAAACAGGAGUCUGCAAAAAUGAAAUGGAUGUUUAAAGAAGACCAUUCUCUUGAACACCGAUGUGUCGAAUCGGCAAAAAUCAGAGCCAAAUACCCAGACAGGGUUCCGGUGAUUGUGGAGAAAGUGUCUGGCUCGCAGAUCGUUGAUAUUGACAAGCGAAAGUACCUGGUGCCCUCCGACAUCACGGUAGCUCAGUUCAUGUGGAUCAUCCGAAAACGCAUCCAGCUGCCCUCAGAAAAAGCGAUUUUCCUGUUUGUAGACAAAACUGUUCCUCAGUCCAGCUUGACAAUGGGACAGCUGUACGAAAAAGAGAAAGAUGAAGAUGGAUUUUUGUAUGUGGCUUACAGCGGAGAGAACACAUUUGGCUUUUAAACAUUUAAGCUUGGCUAGUGACCACUGCUAACCCUCUCGUCACUCUCUCGCUGACAAGCUUGAUUGUACUACAGAGAUAUACUGCCGUUUUGAGCACUAUAUUAAUCAUAUUAUGGAUACAUUUGUAACUCUUAUGCUAUCCCAUAUUGUAUUUAAGCUGUAAACACCAUUAGAUUGUUAAAUUAUGUUUUCAUUUAUUUUUUUCUUGUGUCUGUGAAUUGUUUUGCUAGCUGUACUUUAUCGGAAUUGCUUACUGUUUUUUGUCGUUUUAUUUCUUUUGAAAAUAUAUUUAAAAUAAGUUUAAAUAUUUCGAAUGGUAAGGUAGCUGGAUGACCUAACCAAUAAAAAAUAAAAAUGAAAACUUGUUUUACUGAAAUACUUAUUUGAUUUUAAAAUGUAUGAAGGUCAUUAAAAAGUGAAGGGAUUUAAUACAAGAAUUGUGAGUCAUGGAGGGUCUAGAAAUAAUGUUUAAAGUCAAUUGCAGCCUAUUUUAAUUUAUAUAAACAGUGGUGUACCUGAGCACUCUUUACUCUCUAUUAAUUCUGCUGCCCUUUUCUCCUGGGGGUGAUAUAUUACCCCCCUUAUUAAACUAAAUACAUUUGAACAAUACACUGCUGUUUAAAGUUUGAGUGGUGAUGACCUAUACCACUAUUAAAUGUUAUUUCCAUGCUAUAGUGCAUACCAGCUAUGCCAAAUCAAUUAUGGCACCUUUGCUAUUCUUCUGCAGUAGAUUACAAUAUAUUAUAUGUUAAUGAUUGGAUUACAUAUUAUGUAAUUGGAGCUGAAGGCAUAUUCAGUUCAUUAUCUCCAUUUCCACCGGUAUGUGAUAUUUAUUUGAUUAUGUUUAUAUUUAAAUUAAGUAUACUGUUUGGAUUUUGUGCAAGUAGCAUUUGUACACUUUACAAAAUACAUUACCAAACCGAUCUUGCUUCUUAUUGUGGUCACACUCAGAUACAUAUAACAUAAGCGUUAAUAAUGCUGUUGCAUCAUCACAUGAAAAGCUGCAUUGGAAAAUGUAGUUUUUGUAUAGCCCUCUGUCCAGAUAUUGUAAUAAAAAAAUAUAUUUAACAAUCA